AUGUUUCAGUGGGUUAGGCAUCUUGAAGAUGGCACAAGGCAAUACAUCGAGGGAGCCACACAUCCAGAGUAUGUUGUGACCGCGGAUGAUGUAGAUAAACUGAUUGCUGUUGAAUGUAUUCCAAUGGAUGAUCAAGGUCGUCAGGGAGAAUUAGUGAGAUUGUUUGCGAAUGAUCAGAACAAGAUUAGAUGUGAUGCAGAGAUGCAAGCAGAAAUCGAUACGUAUAUAUCCCGAGGUCAAGCAACCUUCAACGUGCAGCUUCUAAUGGAUUCGUCAGAGAGUUGGGAACCUGCAACGGUUAUAUUGAAGAGGUCUAAUUACCAGAUCAAAACAAGCAACGUAGAAGCUAUGGUGAUCUCAGAGAAAUACUCAAAGGAACUCCUGAUAAAAGUACCGUGUGGAUUCUCAACACAGUUUGUCCUGAUAAGUUAUGAUGGAUCUUCACAUCCUAUAAGCACUCUCAAUGUCCGCAUGCGUGAUACACUAGUCUUGACGAUGAGAAUGCUUCAAAGCAAGGCAUUGGACGAACGCAGAAAAGGACGAGUUUAG